CCCUGGUCGUUAGUGCUGCUCCGCGAUGGUGGAGAAGUCUGGAGAUUUUGGAGAUGUGGCUGAUGCAGAUCCACCCUGGUGCCAAUUACAGGGGCAGCUCGAGCUGCGAGUGGUCAAGCCACGGCCAAGCAAAGGACGGAGCUGCAACGCCACAGGACUGGAGCUGCAGGGGCUCGCUCAAUUAAUAGCUUAUGACUGCGUGUCCAGAUGGGCUCACGGUAGAGCAACCUCCAGUCCGUGUCACUUGUUCAUGCGAGCAGUCUUUUGGUAUCAUCACACGGCCUCGCGUCCGAAUUUGUGGAUUCCGCGUCUAUUCCAAGAAUUGUUCUGAUUUUUCAUAUCCAAUUGCAAGCGCUGGCGCCGAGAACCGACCACCACUGAGACGAAGCUAUCCGCAGCGAGAACACCUUGACGAGACACACCACCAACAGUGCUACAGCGCGUGCACGCAAAGCCAAAGUACUUGGAGACACACAAACACACAUAAUGCGUGUUACCGUGGCAGCGCUGCUGGCAGUGGCCACUGCCUCUGCUCAGCAGAUCCUUGUCAGCGACCUCAGCUUCGGUUACCAGGGCCGAUUGAGCGCUCCUGGCAGCCGAGGCAAGGUCGACAACUUUGCCAUCGCCGGGUCCGGCGUGCCACCACAGGUUCUCUCCAACAAAGUCAUCCUGACCCCCGUCUCUCCCGGCAACCAAAGAGCGUCGAUAUGGUCCGAGAAACAAUUGCAAGAGACGGAAUGGGUGGCUGACGUCGAUCUGCGUGCCAAUGGUCCUGAGCGCGGAGGCGGCAACCUCAACAUCUGGUUGGCCAACGACGGAGAGAGGCAGGUCGGCCAGAGCAGCAUCUACACUGUUGGCAAAUUCGAGGGCCUGGCGCUGGUCAUCGACGCUCACGGCGGCUCGGGAGGCAUGCUGCGUGCGUUCCUCAACGAUGGCACCAUCGACUACGGUGCCCGGUCAAGCGUCGAUGAGCUUGCCUUUGGCCACUGCCUGUAUUCCUACCGCAAUCUUGGACGCCCCUCGCAAGUCAAGAUGAAGCAGUCACGCGACAUCUUCAAGGUUGAGAUCGACGGUCGCUUGUGUUUCGAGAGCGACAAGGUCAGCAUCCCUCAGGGCUACAAGUUCGGUAUCACGGCGGCCACGCCCGACAACCCAGACUCCUUUGAGAUCUUCAAGCUCGUUGUCAUGUCUGACCGCACGACGCCAAGUGACAGGUCCAGCUACAGGACGCGGCAGCAACAGCCCAAGCGUGAGGCUAACCCCAAUGCCAACGUCAACAAUAACAACAACAACAACAACAACAACAACAAUAUUGGCACAGAGCCGCUUGAGGAUUUCGACGACGGGCCCCUCGACGAAGAUCCUGAUAUCUUCCAGACGUCCCGAACGCAAUUCCAGGACCUGCACAACCGCCUGCAAUCAACAAACCACCAGCUGUCAUCUGUCUACCGCUCGGUCUCGCGCCACCACCAGCUUGACGAGCAGCGUCACAAUGAGAUGAAGGGCCUGUUGAACGACUUCAGGGCCGAGUUUGGCAAGUUUGACAAGAUCGCCGCCAUGGAGCAGAAGAUCAACAACAUGGAGAAGGAGAUCCGGGGCCUGCGGAACGAACUGGGCAAGAAGAUGCGCGACAAUGAGCGCAACGUCAAGGGCUUCCUCAAUGACCACCAUGCCACCCUCUCCCAGACUCUGCUCGACAGCGUCCCCGGCCACGGCAAGCUUAUCUGGAUUUUUAUUGGCACACAAGUGCUGGUUGUCGCAGCCUACGUGGCAUACAAAAGGCGCAGGGCAAAUUCGCCCAAGAAGUUCUUGUAGAUGCUGUCGCCAGGGGAGAGUGGGUUGCAUAUCGAGGUGUAUACUACUACGCGAGCGUGUCGCUAUGAGCAUGACGGGACCUUCGAUUUUGGGUAGCAUAGUAUGAUUUUAUGUGAUUUGAUGCAUGAUGCA